GGCAGCAUGACUUAAUCGAGACCUCUCAGGGACCGAGGGGAUGUCUAGACCAUCUGGUGAGAUGGAUUGGCGCUCACCACCGAGGCUGAAGCUGAUGCUGCCGUUGGUGUUUAUGCUUGUAUCUACUAACUGCCUGUUGGGAGAUCCUAUCACAGGUGUAGACCACAAACUUGACUGUGUGAACGACUACCUGUCCACCAUCAACUGCUCCCUGAGAAUCACACCAUCAGAGAACAACAGCACCUACUGGCUCACGAUCACAGAAAUAUUGGAAGAAACGAAGUUCAAGUGUAUGCUGACAAAGACCAAUGAGGAUUACUUCUUCUGCUCCGUUCAAAUAUACCAUCCGAUGCCAGAUGAGCCCUAUCCAGACAUCUUUGAUGAUCAAGAUGCUUUUGAAAUCUCACUUUGUCACAAACAAAAUGAGCCCUGUGAGCAGCUGGAUAAAGAAUAUCAACCUGUGAAGAAGAUUAAACCAAACGCACCGCGCUUCCUCACAGUCAGCCACAACUCAAGCCAACGCCACUUCACCUGGAAAAGUACCUAUGAAGAAUAUAGUGCUGUCAUCGGUCUGCACGAUAACCUCAUGUAUGAGCUCCAUUACUACAAAAGAGGAGACAAUCACAGCGCGUUAUCACAUACGAUGACCACCUACAGCGUGAAUUACACUGUGGAUGAUCGCGUGUUUGUGUCAGACACCAUGUACGCUGCAAGAGUACGGUCCAGUCCUAAAGGGAGUCAUUACGAGGGACAGUGGAGCAACUGGUCUUCUGAGGUUUACUGGGAAACGGAGUCAGCUAUGAAUGAGAUUUACUUGACACCGGCUGUGAAUGUCCACACAGACCCCCCAUCAAACACUUUUCUUUCUGGACUGGGUAAGGCGUUCAUCCCCAUAGGUGUGGUGAUGUCCCUCCUUGGAUUUUUGUGCUACACUACAAUUAAAAAGUGGAAACAAAGUGCCUUCAUCCCAACUCCAGCCCCCUAUUUCCACACCCUGUACACCGACUGCCACGGAGAUUUCAAGAGCUGGGUGGUUACACAAGAAAACACGGCAGACAUGCUGAAGGCAGAGGAAACGGUCCAAAUUGACACGCUCACCAAGUGUGCAGUGGUCGAGGAAGAAGAGUGUCCACCCCAAUUUCACCACCAGUUCAUAGAGGGCAGCACAUACAGCAAUAUAAGCAACCAGUGCUGUGAUAUUUCUCUCCUGGGCAUCCCCUACGCUGUGAGCACCAUGGCUCCACUGUCAUCUUCAGAGAGCUCGCUCUGCAGUCUGACCCUCAGCUCGCAGCCCGGCAGCUCUGCUGAAGGAGACUCAGGGUGCUGGCUGGAAAGGGACCCUCCCUGGUACUGCAAUGAGUACUGCACCCUGAGCGCCUUCCAGCAGAGCAGUGCGGUCGCAGCAGAGCAUCACGAGAGCCCCUCAACGAAAUGCUGCACAACAGGGACCAUCAGAGCGGAGACCAUCACUGAGGCAUGGGCUGAUGUUUGCAAGUAACAACUGGACAGUGAAACAGUGUGAUGAACUUUAAAUGUUUGGCCUAAAAAGUUCAGCUGCACAUAUUUACACAGGAAAAUGUGAUGCUUCAAAAACACCCUAACUGCUUCAAGCUAGAAAUAUCUACAGUAAAUUCUUGAGUUUUCACAGCAAAAAUAUUUGGCAUUUUUAACAUUAUUUAGUGUGCACGUUUUUGGAAUGAGUCAUAGCAUUAGGCAUCACACAGAUGAUAUUAAAUAUUGAACGCAUAACCUUUUUUGCUGGCAUCAAAUGAGUAAAUAGUUUAAAGGAAUUGCAAAAAUGUUUGUCAGACUGAAGAGACAUUCAUUGACAUUUUUUUUUUUUUUUUAAAUGACUGAAUAGUUUUGCUUUGUCCCUGAAACUUUAGAAGCUAAGUUAAAUUUGCUUUUUAUUUUUCUCAUUUAAUAAAUAAAGUGCUGAACUUUU